ACUUCAUUUCCUGUCAUGGUUUCCAUCUGACAGAUUUUACUGACAAUAGUUAAGGCCUAGAUACUAUGGCAGUUUUAAUUUCGUUUAUAUAUGUUUCUAUUUUAUCUUUGUUAAUAAAAUAUACUUCUGGAGAUGGAGUAUUUGGUUGUGGUGGAUUUGUUAAAUCAGAUGUGGAUAUAAAUUACUCAUUAGUCGAGGUAUUCAUUUAAUUACAAAUUGAUUUUCGGCUUCGUGUUAAAAAAUAACUCACUCUCACUCGCACUUAGAACUCAAAACCAACUUAAAACUGAACUCAAUCUAAUUGAGUUACUCUUAGUCUAAGCCAAGUAUCACCAAAAACACUUAUUAUCAGUAUCUUUAGCCAGUACCUUGUACUCAACACUAUCUCAUUUCAGUCAGAACUCCACUUUUACUUUUAGUUUUCACUCCAAAUUUUAGGUCUCUUAGUCUUAGUGACUAACUUAGUCUUAUGUUUGGUACAAUACCACUUCAGAGUGACUUCAGCGUAAGCUAUGGCCCAGAAGUCCAUCAACAAUACUUUGUUAAUCCAAAUGACGCUGGUAUUGAUACACAGAAUUUUGAAAAUACAUAGAUCUGUGCAAAUCACUAAAAAAUCAAGUGAAGAGAUAGUUUGGCUGUUUGGCACUAGCUGCACUCUUUUCAUUUCUUAUCUCAAUUUUGCACAAGUUCAUGUUCAGCAAACUUUUUUGUGGUGAUCAUAUUUUUCAAGAACUUUGUUACCUUGGGGUAGAACUGUUCAUAAACUUAAGCUUUAUAUUCUUUUCACACAUUAGGCCUAUGUAUCAAUAAAUUAAAUACGCUGAAGUCUGAAGUGCUAUUUUACCUUAAGACUUAAGUAGUUUACCCAGUUCUAUACCCCAGGUUCUCACACAGUGACACACACUCUAUCUUAGGCUCUCACUGGAUAAAAUUUCAUUAGUAGUAUUGUUACUAGGCUACAGAACUUUUUCAAGUCAAGGCACCCUUGCUCCAUCCAGGUUUUUCCAAGGCACCCUAUGUCAAAUUCUAACAAGUGCUCUGCAAAAAAAGUAAAUUUUUAAGGAUUUUUCUUUACUGCGCAUCACCCCUCCCAAGGAGCCAUGGUGCACAGUUUAGGAAACUAUGUUCAAGGCAGAAUUAUUUAUGAUACAAAUGCAGUAUAUAUAUUCUACAAAAAAAAUAUUUUUUAGUGUUCGAGUACAAUCUAAUCCCUGGACUUUGGUACACAUAGAGAAUCCAUGUUUUCUCUGGUAAAGCGUCAUGCAUUAUUCAUUUAGCAAGCUUUUAACCCAUGAACUGUGGUUGGCCGAUAUUCUCAUCCUGUACUGUGGCGGCAGAAAAAUCGGCAGAUAGCAACUUCCAAUCCAAUAUUUAACCGAAAUCAUAGCCAUUUCCUUUUAUUAAUAAUUAAAUCAACUUCCGAGUCAAGUUGUUUCUUGAUACCUUAACAAUAAGUACUUUUUAAUCAAAAUUUUUUAUCACUGUUUUUUUUUAAAGCUUAAUUGGCUGAAGCUAUAGCUGGGCCUUCAGGUCGAGAACUAAUAUACAUAUUUUUGAAAGCUUUUUAGCAGAGGAUUUAAGUGAUACUGAUGAUGAUUUUAACAUUCCCCAUGACGAUCUCAGUUCGGAAUUUCUUCGAGUGAAUCUGAUGCUAGUCUCGGUCAUACUGAAGUAGGCCCACUGUUAGACUUUGAGCCAGGCCCGGAGUUUGGGCAAGGACUGACUGAAUUUUAGUCACAGAAGCUACAGAUUAUGGAUCAGAACUAAUAAAUUUUAAAGUUAAAUAACCUAACUCAGUUCCACAGUUCCUUUUUAAAUAUUUACUAGUGGUCUAAACUGAGCAAAUCUCAAGUUGGUGGUCUGGAGUUCAAUUCCAGCCAGAGCCUAUUCAAGCAAAAAUAUCACCAGCACCCCGGGUAUUUGGGACCCGUUAAUCCUGGAAAGCAACUCUGAAAUCAAACCCGGAGAUGGAGUCCCGAAAGGCGGAUAACAUUGGUACCGGUACAAUGAAACAUUCUGACAACUCCUGCGACGUCACUGGUGCCAAGCUGUAUCAUCCCUUGAUGUUCCCUUGGGUUAUCCAGCGGCGUGGAGAGAGGCAAUUUGCUGUUGGUAACCAGCUUAUAAUACUUGAAGAAUAAUCCCAGGCAAUUUUCCCUUUAAGCUGCGAGGCUGCGCAGCAAUCUCACAGACGCUGCGCGGCAGUUUUGAGUGCAGCGCAGCUAAUUUCCACUUAAGUUUGUGUCUGUAGGCUGUACAAUUUUGCAGUAAAAAAAAAUUGAUGCUGUAAAAAUUUGCACACAACUUUAUGAUUUUGCACACGAACCAACAAACCUUAGAGGGAACAUUGAUCCCAGGCCUUGUGGAUUUCGACUUCCGAAGCCCACACCAUCGUCACAUUGUGACGGGUGGAUACGAGCAGCAAUAAAUAUUUUACUGCUGAGAUUUUGUAUGUUGUUCUUGGUUUUAGUUGUGGUUCCAGAUUCUUUUUUUUUUCAUAAUAAAUGACCUAAAGUUAUUAAAACUAGAUAUAGCCCGCCAAACAUUGGCGACAGCAAUGCGUGAACUCCCAUCUACUAAAGUUACUUGAAAAAAACGUGAACUCAAGUUACGCGCAUUUAAGAAUCCGAAUAUUUGCUACAUAUGAUACGUCACGGCACACUUUUUAUUUCACGCCCAUGAACUAUAUAAAUAUAGCCGACCCGGCACUUAAAAAGCCCUGAAAAGCUCCCACACUACAGAAUGAUCUAUGCCACAGUUCGUGGGUUAAAUAAGGGAUCUCUCUCACUCUUACGCUCACUCUUUCUCUCUCUCUCUAUAUAUAUAUAUAUAUAUAUAUAUUUAAUUAUCUUACAUGUGUAUAGAUUAUUUGUUAAUUCUUACCAUUGCAAAGUUGCAUUGUGAUGAUGAGGAUUUGUUUCCUUCUUCUUUCUAGGUAAAAUUGUACACCCCUCAUGGCAGUAUUAAAUAUCAAACUGACUGUGCACCCAAUACAGGAUACUAUCUUAUUCCUCUUUAUGACAAAGGGGAUUAUGUCUUGAAAGCUGAACCUCCUAAAGGCUGGGGCUUCGGUACGUUUUUUCACUAAAAAUGAUAGUUUAUUAGAAGUGUUUCAAAAUGAAUAAUUUAUUUUUACAAACUAGCCGAUUAAGAGUUAGGCCUACUAUUAUCAUUUUGAAAACUGCAGCAAUUAUGUUGUAUUACUACUUUUUCUUAGAACCUGUGAGUGUUGAAUUAAACGUAGAUGGAGAAAAUGAUCCUUGCAGCAAAGGAGAGGAUAUCAAUUUCAAAUUUACUGGCUUCUCUGUAACUGGAAUGGUAAGUUUCAAUACCACAUCACAUAAGAUUAAAGUUUCAUUUUAUAUUGAAAUAUGUCAUCAUCAUAUUUUAUUAAAGUAAAAACAAUGUUUAGCAGAAACAGAUUUAGAUUAGUUCAUUUUAUUUUUAUGAAAAUUUGAAUUAUGAUAAACCUACAAGAAAAACAAAGCAGCAGCUUGUAAUAGUUAUCAAGAGUUUAUUAUCUAAUAAUAAAUCCAUAGGUCAAGUUUUAUAGGUCCCCCAUAAUUUUUUUUUGUAUUUUCUGUUAAAAAAGAUGGCAAAUUACAGCUCCUUAACCAUAUGUAUUUCAAAUGUAUUGUUUAGGUAGCCAGCUUAGGACAAACAGUUGGGCCAGCUGGAGUUCAACUUGAAUUACUGUCCUCAUCAAAACCUGAUGUUCUUAAAUCCAUAGAAACAACAGAUAAAGGAAGGUGUGAUGUGUGGAUGACAGUUUAUCUUAAAAUUCUCAAUAAAGUUCAUACUUUCCUCUUGAAAAUCUCUAAUUAGUGUACACCCCUAAUUUAUGAGUAAUUAUAGCGAACAAGGCGGAAACUGCUAGAAGCCAAAAAAAAGUGCCAUUAAUUGUUGGUCAAUAUGCUUCUUGUAGUGGAGUGCCCCAACUAGAAUGUAUUCAGAAUGGGUUGUUAAGGCUUUAAAUAACUGGGAAUUUCACAUCAUUCGAUUAGAAUGAUAUGGUUAUGGAUAUUAUGCACAUUGCUAGAUAAUGACAAAUGUUUAUCUGCUAAAAAAACUCAAUUGCUGAAUAAAUCUUUGGGUGAGUGGAUCUUUAGACUUAUUUCAAGUAUUAAGUCCCUCUCCUUGUGCUCUCACAUGACAGAUCCUGUAUUUGGAAGUUCUGAGACCACUCAAAAGCUGCUUUGAACAUUUUAAAAAGUUAUUCACUUGAUAUAUAUAUUAAACUACAAUUAACAUUAAAAAAAAGUAAAGCAAGUAUUGCUUGAUUAUGUAACAAUUUCUUUGCAUUUUUCAGCUUCACCUUUUCUAAUGUCAUGCCAGGAGAUUACAAAAUCAAAGCUACACAUCCAACGUGGCAGUUUAGCAAGGUAAAUAGAAGUUGUAAACGUUGUUUGAAUUGAAAAUUAAUUAUUUUAAGACAAAUAUCCUGCACUUUUAUUUCUUUUAAAUGUUUUGUUAAUAAAAAGUUCAAUCAUAAAUUUUAUUUUAAAUAUUUAUAUUUGAUUGAUUAAAUGUGUGUACAUUCAAUUUUAAAUUACUUACAGGGAGAAAUUGCAAUUCAAGUAAAAAGUGACAAUGCUAAUGUGGGUGCUGGACUUACCAUUGGUGGUUAUGAUGUCAAGGUGAGAUUGACAUUCAUACGUUUAUCAGACAUUUUUUUCCAUCCAUCCCUGUGGCGCUACAGCCCAUGUAGGGCUUUGGCCUGCCUCACUACUUCCUUCCACUCAGACCUAACUAAUGCCUUUCUUUUCCAUGCUUGGACUUUCAGCUGCUGUAGAUCUUUUUCUACAGCAUCUAUCCACCUAAGCCUAGGUCUGCCUUUGAGCCUUUUUCCUCUUGUAUUGGUGAUGUACCCUCUUCGUUCCUCUCUCAUUUGGCAUUCUCUCUAGGUGUCCUGCCCAGCGUAGCCUGCCUCUUUUUAUAUCUGCCACUGUCGUAGGAUCCUGAUAUAUACUGUAUAAUUCCUGGUUGGUUCGUAUUCUCCAUCCAUAUUCAUCCUUUGUUGGCCCAUAUAUUUUCCUGAGAACUUUCCUCUCCCAUGUGUUUAAUAGGUUUUCUGCUGUUUUUGUUAAGGUCCAAGUUUCACUUGCAUAUGUUACAACUGGUCUGAUCACAGUUUUAUAAAUAGUUUUCUUUGUUGCUCUUGUAAUGUUUUUACUUUUGAGUAUUUUCUGACUACUGAAGUAUGCCCUGUUUCCGGCUGAUAUUCUUUCUUUUAUUUCUGUUAGUAAUUCGUUUCUUUCAUUUAACAAAGAUCCUAGGUAUUUGAAUUGAUUUACUUUUUCAAAAGUUUGGUUUCUAAUUUUAAUUGUUUCAUCUGUUUGUUCCUCUCUUAUCAUGGUCAUGUAUUUUGUUUUUUGGUUGUUAACUUCCAGCCCUGCUUGUAAAGAUUUUGAUAUGUCUUUUAUACUUCCGGCUACAACAAGAUGGCGGUAUAGUAAUACACAAUAGGAAGGAAUCUCAGUGUGUAGGCGCUUCAGUAAAGCAAGGGGGAUAGUUAAAGAUGAUUAUUGGAAAUUGGCUUCGACGCAAGAAAAUUCGAACUUUUCAUUAAUUUUUAUUGUUUUGCGGUUCCAUUCAGGAUCAGAAUUUAUGCUGUUAUCAACGUAUUUCUCCUUUAAAUUACAACUACAAUAUAGAUCUACUGUUGAGCUGAAUAGGAAGAAGCCAUCUUGUUCGGAAACAGCCGGAAGUCUCUGUACUCAGCUCUCACCUGUGGUUCCAAGAAGCUGUAACAUGCACAGCGACUACAACCCAGACAACGAUUCCAGGUUGAGGGUAGCCGAAGGGCAUAGAACUUUCGGAAAAAAAGGGGUUGUCCCCCAUAGCAUGUAAAGACUGAAUCCGGCAAAUUGUGCGGAAGAACCACUACUUGGUCAACGGACAAAAGGCGGAGACAGCACAGUGGUGUGAAUCGCUGAGAACAUGACCAGACACGUAGAACGCCAUGGUCAUUCACUGCAUGGGUGACUGGGUGGCCGAAUGGUCUAAACUGAGCAAACCUCAAUUUCAGCCAAAGGCCGGUCAAGCAAAAACAUCACCCCGGGUGGAUGAGACUCGUUAACCUUGGUCGGCAACUCAUCUAAGAGAUAAUUUCAGCCAAAGGCCGGUCAAGCAAAAACAUCACCCCGGGUGGAUGAGACUCGUUAACCUUGGUCGGCAACUCAUCUAAGAGAAGGAAACUCUGAAUUCAAACCCGGAGUUGGAGUCCCGUAAGGUGCAUACAAUGUCAAUUCCUGCAACCGUACCCAUCCCUGGUCGUCUUGACGUAGAGUCUUGCCACUGGAUAUGGUGGUCUCGGACGAGAGAGUGAGGUUGACGCCGCGCAACUCUUCUUCACUUUAAACAAAGUCACCCGCGCAAGUCAUCCAGACGACUCGAUGGUCAUCGUCGAUCCUUGACGGACGAACAACAUAUACUAUGUCAUCAGUCUGAAGUGUCUAUGUCAUCAGCAUAUGCAAGAUACUGAAGUGGUUGCUUGUAGAGUGUGCCCGUUGGUAUUGGGUCUUGAGUUUCCCUCAGAAAGUAUCCUGUUAUCAUUCCUCGAGUGUCAAUGUGUAUGUUUCUAAUAACUCUCUCCAAUGUUAGGUUAAAGAGCAUACAAGACUGUGAGUCUCCCUGUCUUAAGCCUCGUCUAAUAUGAAAUUCCCUUGAAUAUUCUCCUUGAAUCUUGAUUUUGCUUUUUGAGUUGUUUAGUGUUACAUGUAUUAGCCUUGUCAGUUUGUUGGGUAUCCCAAACUCCUGCAGAGUCUCAUAUAAAUAGUUUCUUUUGAUGCUGUCAUAGGCCAUUUUAUAGUCGACAUAGAGUUGAUGUACUGGUAUAUUAAAUUCAUAGCAUUUCUCUAACAGGCAUCUGAUGGUGAAAAUCUGAUCAGUCGUUGAUCUGUUAGGCCUGAAUCCGCAUUGGUAAUCACCUAGUAUUUCUUCAGUGUAAGGUUGUAGUCUUUUGGCAAUAAGUUUUGUCAGUAUUUUGUAUGUAACAUUUAAUAGGGAGAUUCCUCUGUAGUUAGUGCACUGAAGUUUGGAGCCUUUCCUCCUGUAUUGGGUUAUUAAUGCUGUUUCCCAUUCUGUCAGGAUUUUCUCCUCUUGCCAAAUUUUAGUUUAUGUAUCUGAUUGUGUAGUUCUUUUCCUCCAUAUUUAAUCAGUUCUGCUGUGAUAAGGUCUUGUCUGGGGGCUUUAUGAUUUUUCAUGUAAUUAAUUACCUCUUUGGUUUCUUCUAGGGUUGGGCAUUGUAUAAACAGGUCUGGUCCUCCCUGUGGGAGUUGAUAAUCUUCUUCUUGUCUAUUGUCUGCAUUCAGUAUGUCCUCAAAAUAUUCAGCUCACCUCUCCAAUACGUUACUAUUUUCCGUGAUUAAUUCUCCAUUGUGGCUCUCACACAUUUGAGUCUGGCUUGGUUAUCCAUUGUUUUCAUCUUUUAUCUUCAUGUACAUUCCUAUUAUAUUUCCCUCUCUUGAUAAAUCUUCUAUUUCCUUUAGUUUAUCCUUUUCCCAUUCCCUCUUUUUCUUCCUACACAUUUUUGUUGCUUUCCUUCUGGCUUCCUUGUAUGCUUGUGUUGUCUUUCUGGUUUCCCUUUUUAACAUGAUCAUUUGUGCUUUGUUUCUUUCUUCCACAGUCUCUCUGCAUUCAUUGUCGUACCAGCCUACUCUAUUGUUGGCUUGCUGAAAUCCCACUACUUUUUCUGCUGAUCUUUUAAUGGCAUUUUUUAUCCUAUCCCACUGAUCAUUUAUUGUGCUUCUACUUCAUUCUGGUAAGCUUUUGCGGAGAUACUGAUCUUCUGGGUCUUUGGUAAUCGUAUUGUUUCUCAUUUUGAUUACGACCAUUGUGAACUAAGCUUAUCCUCUGCCUAUAUUUCACCCUUACAAGUAGAUGGUCCGAGUCCGCAUCUGCUCCUCUAAGGCUUCUCACAUCUAAUAUAUCUGAUCCAUGUCUUCGAUCUAUUAAAACGUGAUCGAUUUGAUUGUGGUUGAUUCCAUCUGGUGGUUGCUACCACUAUAAAAUAUGGUGUAUUCUUUUGUCUUGAGGAUGUCUGAAUUUUUCCAUAGAAUUUCUUGCAAUGCAGCAAUAGAUAUUUUAUAUGUGACAAGCUGAUUUACAAGGUUGGCUAAGGCUCCUGCUCUAAACAGGCUUUGCACAUUCAAAGUCGCAAUCCAAAAAUUAUUUCCAUAUCCAUGCAUAGGUCGAUUUCCAUUGGUAUCAGUCCGGAUUUUGUUCAGUUGCUUGGCUUUCGUAACAUUGGUUUUUUUACGUGGCGGGGAAGUUAACCCUGCGCACAACUGUCUGGGGGGUUGCCCCUUAGAGCUCUCUGGAUAGCUGCCUUAGUUUUUGGAUAAGGUUCCCUAGCCUUUGUGGAUCCCUCCACUUCCUACAAGGCAGUAGGUUCUGAUUUUGGUCCGCCCCAGGUAUUUUAUUUCCCUGGUACCCUCCAUAUCUGGUGGGCUUUCCCCUAUCCGCCACCUGGGGAGGCGCUCGAUGGAAGAUCAGUAUCUCCGCACGAGUGACAUUUUUUUGUAAAUAGUAAUUUAUCAAUUUUGAUUGCAGUAAUUAUCAUAUGUCAUAUGAAGAUCAUUUUAAAUUGAAAGGCUUACAAAUAGUCCUCACUGUUGAUACUGAAUGAUUACACUCAUAUUUCAUGAUUACAUGUUUAAGAAACAUGAAUAUUUUUGUUAUUAUAUGUCGUGUCUUCAGGGUGAGGUGACAGGUGAUGGGCAACCCAUGAAAUCCGUGAACUUUGUCUUGUUUUCUCAAGGAGAGCAGCCCCCAGUGAGUCAAUAUUAUUUAAAAUAUUGAUUUGAUUUGCAUAAGUAGCUUUCAGUUGUUAUUUUUAAUAAUAUUAUUUACUUCAUUGAAUGUUAUUGAAAUUUUAAAAGAAUCUAACUUCAAAAUAAAAAUGUAUAUUCAGAUUUGUGUAACAUCUUAUCAAGACUAAUGACAUUUAAAAAAAAAAAAUUAAGGAUUAAAUGCUGUAAAAUAGCUUGACUUUCAUGUGUAGUCUAAUCAUUUUGCAAUAUAAUGUGAAAUAAUUGACUCCCUAUUUGUCAGAUUGUUUCUCAAUGUGAAAAGGGAUCCCCUAAAGGCUUCCAUACCAAAGAAACAAAGCUGAGUCCCAUCUGCUUUGUGACAUCCAAGGAUGAUGGAUCUUUUAUUUUUCCAGUGGUGCCAACAGGAUCAUAUUUUCUGGUAACAUUUUUCAAACUGAAAGUUUUACACAUUUAAUUCAUUAUUUGUAAGUUUGCAAUUUCUGACGUUUAAAGAUAGACUCAUUUGCUUUCUCAAUCACUAAAGUCUAAUUUGCAGUAUAGCUUAAAAUUUGUGAGCAUUUCAACAUUAUUUCUUUUUUUAUUCCUUCAGAUUCCAUUUUACAAAGGAGAGCAUAUUACAUUUGAUGUAGAGCCAGGAAAAUUAGACUUUCAAGUUGGACACGGCUCAGUUUUAUUGAAGGUGACAUUUUUUUUUUUUGGUUUGGAUUUCAAUAUGCUAAAUAUGUUUUAACAUGUGCUAUGUUUACUACUUCCAUUUGGGCUGCACAUAGUUGGUAAUAAACAUUUCAUUUGAAUCUCUGACAUGAAUUUGCCAUUAUAAGAUAUACAUUUUUUUUCAUCAUAAGAUCAGUAUUAGUUUUUCUUAUGCUCUAAGUUUUGUGUGUGAUGAUUGUGUGUCCUGGGCAGUUAUGUAAACUAUUUUAAGUUCUUUAACUUACUUUCACAGGAAAAAUUUGAAGUGGCUGGAUUCUCAGUUAGUGGUAGAGUACUGGAUAAAGAAAAUGUAAGCUCUGGGAUAUUUUAGCUGCUUUAUUGUAUUAUAACUCAGAUGAUCACCUGUAAAAUAAAAAAAGAGUUGUAAAAAAUAUUCAUAUGAAAUUAACAUUAAGACACAAAAAGAGAUACUUUUUAUUAGUGUAAUAUUGUUAUCUUCUAAAUUCAAUAACAAAAAACUUUUUAUCAUCUGUUCUUCGUAUCUGUUAAUAUAUCUUUAUAACGGUGCUAAUUGCAUUCUGUGUAGUCUUUGCUUUUUUGUCCCAAUGAUUCACACCUGGCAUAUGCUUGUUAUUUUAAUUAAUUAGAUAGAUAUCUUGAUUCCUUAAAAAUUCCAAGUCUCAAAAUCAAGAUUCUGUAACAGGGUGUCGGCAUCGCUAAAGCUGCCAUCAUCAUCAAUGGUAAAGACCAAACUGUCAGUGGUGCUGAUGGCUCCUUCAGUCUGGAGAACAUGAAGACAGGAACUUACAGCUUGAAUGCCAGAGUAGACAACAUUCUGUUUGAGGAGAUGCUUGUGGAGAUAACACCCAAAACUCCCCAGCUCCCAAGUUUGGUGGCCUCAGGGUAAAAAGGAAACAUUUAUUAAUUUUAGAAUACAGUUUAAAUAUUAAUUGGGUCACUUUUUUGUUUUCACAUAAAUUUGCAUUUAUAUAACUUAAUUGUUUGAAAUGACCAUAAGAAGUUAGUCAUUUUAUUAAAUCAAAAAGUCCAAAUAAAGGCUAAAAUUAAAUCUUCAUUUUGGGUUGCUAAAUAUUAACACUAAAUAAUGGUGUCCCAAAAAGUUGGGAGACCACCUAUCUUAUUCUUCUUCUUCUUUGCCUUUUUAACUCCUAAAGGCAAUUAACAAUUUCUUUUCAAGCCUCCCGGGUCUCUUAGAUAUCUUCUCCAACUCUUUCCAGUAUUAAAUACAUCUUUGUCAAAUUCUGUUUCAUUUAUUCUAAGUUUCAAAUAUAUUUAAAACGAUACACAUUUUUAAACCAAUUUUCAAUCAGCUUCAAUAUGUGUGGUAAAGUGAGCAUUGACAGAGUCCCUGAAAGCUUAGGGAAACUCUCCAGUCAACGGAGGAUAAUUUACUAUCCAGAGGGCAAAGGUUCUGAUGCCAAAUCUGUAAUCACAGACUCAAGUGGUGCCUUCUGUGAGAUGGUUAAGUCUGGGAAAUAUAUUAUUAAAGUAAGUGGAGGUGACUGCUGCUGGUGACAGUGUUAUUUGAUGUUUAACAUGCUCCUAGGCUGAUUAAAAGACUAUUUUAAAUUUUAUUUAGAGCGUAGGGGGUUAGCAUGAUUUCUAAAGGCUCUACAGUUUUAUAAGAAGACAAAAUUUUGUUUGAAAUUAACAAUUUAAAGUUAAAAACACCUGGUGUACUGAAUAGAUUUAAUCCCAAAGACUUUACACUUUCUUAUGUAUUAUCCAGUUCAGUUUCAGAUUUGAUUUUUUUUUUAGUUUGUAUAUUUAGGUUAAGGCAAUAUCAUAGGGCUAAAGUAGAAAUUUAACAACUUUAAAAGAUAUAUAUAUUUUUUAAAAACUGGAGAGCACUUCCAAGAAUUUUCCCAAGAAAUAUCUCUCUCUUCCUGAAUCAAUUUGAAAUAGCAAUUUACAAAUAUGUGUACGUAUAAAUUAUAAAGUCUACAAAAAUCAGUUAUGGCUUUUCAAUAAGUAGAAAAAACUCAUAACCUGGUUUAAGAACAAAACAUCACAUUUUGCUGACUUAAUUUCACCCGUGACUUUGUUCUGUCUGUUUUCAGGUGUACAUGAGUGAGGAUGAGAUAAAGGCAGGUUUGACCUUGACACCAGCAGAAAAGGUAGUCACAGUGACAAGCAAGCCUGUUCUUGAUGUCAACUUCUCUCAGUUCCGGGCAAAAAUAUCUGGCAGUGUUAAAUGCAUGGGUGAGUAAAUAUAGUUUUUUUCUGGGCAGUGCAAAAUUCAUUAUGUCCUCUCUUUAAAAAAUUAAAUUAAAAAAAAUAUGCCUUAGUAAAGAUAAAUUAAAUCAUUUCUAUAAAAAUUAUGUUGAAGAAUGAAUUUUACCAAAUUAAAGAUGAGACUUGAUUAUAAUAUUGUAAGGCCUUGUUUUAAAUUGGUUAUCUCAUUUUCUGUGCACUUUAUAUUCUUUUUCAUUGGAGAGUAUGAAUAAUUUUAAAGCUCAUUAUUUAUGUUAACUUUGCAUUGACUUGAUUUAUUAGAAAAUCUGUUUUCAUCAGCUCCUGAACUGUUCAUUUACCAACUGCAGAAGAUCUUUAGUUUUAUUAGUUAAUAUCUGAGCUAUUUUACUUGCAGAGAAGUGCCAAAAUAUGGAAGUGACCCUUGAUGCUGUAGGCAGGACAGACACCCAGAUCAGGACUGCUGCCAAGUUGUCUGGCAAUGAGGCUUCAUUCGCUUUGGAAAAUGUCAUGCCUGGGAAAUAUAAAGGUUACUUUUAAAAAUUCCAAACCCCAAUAGCUGAUAAUUCCAAUGCAAAUUUGGCCACAAUUUCAUGAUUGAUUCUUGUGUAAAGUGCAUUUGUAUUUUGUUUCAGUCAAAAAAAUAAUUAAAUUAUUCUUGAAGCAACCAACACAUUACAUGUAUGUAGCUAUUCAUUCAUUACAAAUAAUGACAGAGAAUGUUAUCCAGCUAUGUUCAAGUACUCAAAUAGAGGAACUUUGGUCCCUACAAUUUCAAAAGAUGAAUGAUGACCCAUGUCAAAUAUGUAAAUCUGAGUUUUAAAUUUAUAUAAACCUUUGGUUUAUGAUUGCAGCUUCUAUUGUACUGGACAACUGGUGCUGGAAGGAAAAAUCUAUAGAACUCAAUGUUCUGGACAAUGAUCUGUCUGGUCUUGAGUUUGUACACACAGGAUACAUUCUCAAAUGCAGUGUCUCACAUCCAAUUACUAUAGUAGGUUCACAUUACUGGCUCUUUUAAGUGAGCUUAUAAAUGUAGUCUUUAUUUAAGUACUGUAGCGAAUGUUAUAGAAACAAAGAAUGGGAUGACAUCAAGUGAUUAGUAUGGAAGCAGGGGAUGGGAUGACAUCAAGCGAUUGGUAUGGAAGCAGGGGAUGGGAUGAUGUCAAGUGAUUGGUAUAGAAGCAGGGGAUGGGAUGAUGUCAAGUGAUUGGUAUGGAAGCAGGGGAUGGGAUGAUGUCAAGUGAUUGGUAUGGAAGCAGGGGAUGGGAUGACAUCAAGCGAUUGGUAUGGAAGCAGGAAAUGGGAUGAUGUCAAGUGAUUGGUAUGGAAGCAGGGGAUGGGAUGAUGUCAAGUGAUUGGUAUGGAAGCAGGGGAUGGGAUGAUGUCAAGUGAUUGGUAUGGAAGCAGGAGAUGGGAUGACAUCAAUUGAUUGUAUGGAAGCAGGGGAUGGGAUGACAUCAAGUGAUUGGUAUGGAAGCAGGGGAUGGGAUGACAUCAAGUGAUUGGUAUGGAAGCAGGGGAUGGGAUGAUGUCAAGUGAUUGGUAUGGAAGCAGGGGAUGGGAUGACAUCAAGUGAUUAGUAUGGAAGCAGGGGAUGGGAUGACAUCAAGUGAUUGGUAUGGAAGCAGGGGAUGGGAUGACAUCAAGUGAUUGAUAUGGAAGCAGGGGAUGGGAUGAUGUCAAGUGAUUGGUAUGGAAGCAGGGGAUGGGAUGAUGUCAAGUGAUUGGUAUGGAAGCAGGGGAUGGGAUGACAUCAAGCGAUUGGUAUGGAAGCAGGAGAUGGGAUGAUGUCAAGUGAUUUGUAUGGAAGCAGGGGAUGGGAUGAUGUCAAGUGAUUGGUAUGGAAGCAGGGGAUGGGAUGAUGUCAAGUGAUUGGUAUGGAAGCAGGGGAUGGGAUGAUGUCAAGUGAUUGGUAUGGAAGCAGGGGAUGGGAUGACAUCAAGUGAUUGGUAUGGAAGCAGGGGAUGGGAUGACAUCAAGUGAUUGGUAUGGAAGCAGGGGAUGGGAUGACAUCAAGUGAUUGUAUGGAAGCAGGGGAUGGGAUGACAUCAAGUGAUUGGUAUGGAAGCAGGGGAUGGGAUGGCAGCUGUUUUUUUGUCCAAGAGCCUGUAAUGUAAAAAUUAAAAGGUAAUCCAUGUUCCGUCUUGUCACAGAACUUUGCCCACAACAAGAAAGAAAAAAGUGUUGGCUCGUUCCUUCUGGACAAGGGUCUCAACCGUUUCUGUCUUGCACACCCUGGUGUGUAUCAACUAACACCUGAUUCUUGUCAUCGGUUUGAUCAGGAAAAUUAUAGUUAUGACACGUAAGUUGUACAAACCUCUUGCCACAGUAAUCUCUGGGAUCGGAUGAAAAAAAAUUGUAUGUUAGGAGUGAUUCAGUUUCUGAUUGCUUAUAUUUUUUUUUAUAGGCUCAUGGCAUUAAAAUAUGUCUUUUUAAAAAUACACUUUGUCUUGUUCUAGUUUGUUAAUACAAUAUUAUGGAUAAUAAACUAAACAAUGAUGAGGACCAAUAAGGGUCGUAUUUUGUAUAUGGGUGGGAACCUUAUGCUCUUACCCGGGUUUUAAAACUGUAUUCAGAGAUGACAAGUGGCUACUUGAGAUCCUGUUUUGAAACCCAGUGUUAUGUUGGCCGCUGUUGAGGACAAUAGCUAGAAGACGUUUUGUUUGAAUGUGCAGUUGUUAUCAUUCCAGGUCCAACCCUCUGAUACUGACAUUGACAGCCAUUCAACACCUGGCCCUGGGUUCCAUAACCACAGACGCUCCCGUGGAUGACAUCACUGUUACUAUUAAGUAAGUUUUUAUUGUAGGUCAGACAGUUUUUUUUUUUUAAAUUUGUGAAAUUGUGUCAGUUUACAUAGAUCAAAAAGAAUGUUUCUGUUUCUGGUUUAUGCAUGUCAUGCAUAUGAGGAUUGCUUGUGUCUCAACACAAAGUUAUAAGCCUUAAGCGUCAAUGUAAUUUGGUUAAAUUUUAAAAUAUAUAAUUUCAGAUCAAGUUAUUAAAAGAAAAAAACAAAAAACAUUUUGGUUAUUUAUUGCAUUAAAUUUUUGAUUUUGUGUAAAUAUCAAUGGAUGUUAAUCAUGUUAUCUAUAUUUCAGAUCAUCAGUUGAUGAUAUCCCCACUGUGUUGGGCCCCCUUAAGCCCAAUAUUACAGCUACUAAUGUGGCAAAAGCUGCAGCACAGACUUCAGAGAAAGACAAAAAGUCAACAGUGACAGUUUACGGUUUCUCCCAUUGGUCCAGGUCUGUUUUUAAAACAAAUAAUUUUUUACAUUUAAGUUUUUGUCAACUUACCUGAUGAUGGGUGGUGCAAUUAGAAACGGAUGCAAUGUAUUUUUCCAGAUUUAAAAAGUGUUAAGAAAGUUAUAUCAAAUUAGGUCUGUGUCUUAAAAAAAUCUAUCAGACCGUCCUAUAAUAAAUAUCAUUGCAUUAAAAAAAUUAAUAAAAGAACAAUAUUUAGAAAUAGACUAGUUUUUUUUUAUCCAUGCUCAAUUAAAACCAUAAAUAUCUGUCAUCAUCAACCUCCUAUUCCUUGUUCCUGCUUUUAAUUCAAAUGAAUAUGAUCAUGUAUACAAAUCAUGUUAAGUGUCCACAAGAGGAUUGAAAGAAUUACACCAGGCUAGAAAUACUAAUGCCAACAAGAGUAAAUGUCAUUUUGACUUCCUUAUUUGAGGAUCACAAUUAAAAAGAAAAAAAUUGCGCUAUGAGGAAACAGUUGAAAGUAAAUCUAAAUAUUGGCUUUGUAUCAUUCAUUCUGAUCAGAUCUGGAGAAACUCUAACAGUCUCUGCCAAGUCAUCUGAUGUUCUGUUUUAUCCUAGCUCUGUUGAUGCCUAUAUCAGUGGUGGUAAGGGGAUAUGCAAAAGGGCUGUUCUUAAUUCUUAAAAGGAAAUAUUUGAAUACUACUUGCCUAUCUUAGAAAUGGUUGUUUAUUAAUUUAUAUAUUAAUUUUUAAAAUAAAAAUAUAAGAGCUUGUAGUUAAUUAUAGUUUUAAAAGUUGCCAUAUUUGUGAAAUCAUUCAUUGAAUAUAAUUUUAAAAAUGUCUUUAUAGAAGCCUGUCCUGGAGUCAUUGCUGACCUCAUUGGCCGCAAGGGCGUGUUCAUCCAGGGCACAAUCAGCCCUCCCCUGAAUGGUGUGACAGUCACAGUUACUGAUAAAGAUGGAGCUAUGGCACCUAUUGUGCUGUCGACAGACACCAAUGGAAAAUACAAGUAAAUAACCAUAAAGCUGGUAUUUUUAUCAGAGGUUUUAAAGUUCUAAUUAUUUGAGGUGUUUUUGCAAGGGUUGGACACAUUUUAAUAAGCUUAUUCUGAUAUCUCUUUUUUUUUAGAGUUGGUCCACUUCAUGCUGACAAGAAAUAUUUAGUAGUUGCAGAAAAGGAAGGAUUUGUGCUGUCAAAGGAGAGUGAGAACUCCAUGUCAUUUAGGGCGUUCAAGCUUGGGGAAAUAGCUGUGCAGGUACACUAUCACUGUAUUAUUUUCUUUUCACAUAAAUGUUCACAGCUGUCUCUAGUGUUUGAUCCCAUUAGGUCUUGAAGAUUAUAAAGCAAUUAUUUGCUGAAAAUUUAUAAUGGACACUUGCAAGCAAGUUUAUUGAAGUUUUGAACUAUUGUACCUGUUAUAUUAUGUAGAAAGCCAAAACUGAAAUGAGAUGCAUACAGACAACAGAUGCACCUGUUAUCUUGGCAUAAGAGUUAGCGUAACCUCAACUAGCAACAGCAGCUGGGAAAUUUAAGAUGACUAUAUGAUUUUAAAAAAAUACCAAAAAAUCCUGAUUUUUAAAGUUAUGUUCCUUAAUUAUUGAAUGGUUAUAAUGAAACAACCCAUAAAAACAAAGUUUUCCUUAUAAAUCCUUUGUAAAAUGUAAUAUCAAUUUAAAAAAAUUAAUUUUUGAUAACACUGUCUUGUUUUAGAUACCUUUGUGUAACAAUAAGACAUUUUUUAAUGAGAUACUGGUACCCAAGAGAAAGAAUCCUUUCUUUUUAUACUUUUGCUUUGCUUAAACUGAUUAAAUUUGUUAAGAUAUGGGUAGCCAAGUGAAAUAAUCCUCUCAUUUUAUACUAUUUGCUUUGUUUAAAAUGAACAAAUUUGUUUUGAUACCAGUACCCAAGAGAAAGAAUCCUUUCUUUUUAUACUAUUGGUUUACUUAAACUGAUGAAUUUUUGUAAAGUCACUAUGUGCUUAUUUCAUUUCAAAACAUUGGACCAAAUCAGUCAGUUUUAUUAUAAGUUGUUUUUUGUUUUGCUCACACCUAUCAAUUCUGCCCCAACAGAUGCUUGAUGAAAAAGGUCUGCCACUUUCCAGCGUUCUUCUGUCAUUGAGUGGGGACCAUCAGUACCGGUCAAACAAUGUUACAGGGGCUGAUGGUCACAUGAUAUUUACUGGAUUAGUAAGACAACAUUUAAAUAUAUUAAGUGCUUGUUAAAACAAAAGGUUAAGCAACUUCUUGGUUGAAAGAAAUAACAGUUUAGAUGUGUGAAAUAUGGAAUGACGUUUUUAAGUUUUAAAAAAAAGGACCCUGCUCUAUUGUUACAUAAAAUAAAUUACAGUUUUAAAGUGACUUAUUGUUUUUUUUUCCUCAACAUAAUAAACUUUUUGCUUUCCAAAGAGUGAAAAUAAGAUAUAUUGUGACUGCUUACAGUUAUUUAUAGUAUAGCUGUGUACAUGGACUUACUCUGUGAGGCAACUUGUUCAUGAUCAAACAUUUUUUAAAUCCAAAAUCCAGAACUGCUAUUCAUGUAAUAAUACAUAAAUUCUUUUACUUCCUGUAAUCUUUUUUUUUAAAAACCCAACUUCCUGCAAUGACAUGAAUGUGGCGAACACUUAAGUUUGUAAAAUGAUUUAUAUUUUUUGUUAUUCCUUCAUGUGUCCUGUCUGUUGAAGAAGGCUCUUAGCUCAAAUGUUCUUUUCCUUUUUUUUAUUUCAAGCUUCCACAUAUCUUGUUCUUCUAUUUCCUUCACACAGCUUGAACAGAGUCCUUAAUUUAUUAUCCUUUAUCAUUUAAAUUUUUAAAAUCUUUUUUCUGCACCAAAACCAAUUCUGUAGAUGCAUUUCUUGUUGAUAAUUUGAAAGCCAUGUUGACUAAUUUAUUUUAUUUUUGCAGAGUCCUGGACAGUACUUUCUUCGGCCAAUGAUGAAAGAAUAUAAAUUUGAACCUGCCUCUCAGAUUAUAAAUGUCCAAGAGGGGACAACGGAAAAAAUCACUAUUAAAGGUGCAAGGGUCGCUUUCAGGUAAGGCAAUUUUUUUAUUAAAAUAAGCUUGUUAAUUAUCGAUGCUAUAUCGUGAAAGCACAUUACUGAUUUGCUCUGUAUUUUUUGUGCUAUAAUUUAUUCACCUACCCUCUUCUUUUUAAUAAUAAAAUUUCCUGAACUCAAAUCUGGUAAUUAAUUUAAAAGGGACACUUUUUGAAUUAUUAGGGUUUAUUAACUUUUUCAUGUAUAGAAACGUGUAUGUCUUUUUUAAAACCGGUUCUGUGGGGGACACCAUUCUGCAAUCUAAGCUAAUGGAUAAUUACUGAUAUUUUGUUUUCAGCUGUUUUGGUAAAGUGACAUCACUGAAUGGAGAACCUGAGCCAGGGAUUAUCAUAGAAGCUCUGGGACUUGGUCCCUGCUCCACAAAUCAGGAGGAGAGCAAGACAGAGAUGGAUGGUUCUUACAGGCUCAGGGGUUUACAAGUGGGUAGAUCUGGAACAAGUUUUCAUUGUAUAGAAAAAUGCAUCUGAAAACUACUAAAUCAAAAUAAUCAAAAUUAUAUUAUUAUAAAAUUCUUUCACCAACAGAAGGAAAUGAAGAAUAUCUAAAUUUCUAUAAAUUAGUAAUAACUAAUCCCUUCAUCUUCAGCCCAACUGUUUGUAUGACAUUCAUUUAAAGUCUGGUGAGGUGAACACACAUAUUGAGAGAACUGCACCCACCUCUAGACAGGUCAAGGUGAGUAAAAUAUAGCUUAAGGCCAUGAAUAUAUCUUAAUGUCCUUAAGAAACAUUUAUCUUGUGACUGUCUGGACGGUUAGUUGUCUUGACUCAAUGCAAGCAAGGGGAUAUAAUUAAUGGCAGAAUCAGUGGUCUAUCAUUAUAUUGGGAAUGAUAUUGAUAGAUGAAGAAAUGAUAUGUUAAGAAUGUUUUAUUUGGUUAACAGCAAUAAAAUAUAUUGAUAUUUAAAUCUAUAGGUGGAGGCCUCUGAUCUCUCUGACAUAAACAUCAUUGCAUUUCGUCGCAUGAACCAAAUGGACAUCAGUGGCAAUGUGAGGACCAACCUCAAAUUUUUAUCUACACUCAAGGUAUUAAAUUGUAGAAGACAUAGAAUAGAGAUGAGUGCUAUGCAUGUUGAUCUUUGUGAAUUCUUAUCAUUUACUACUUGGGCAGUUUUUAUUCAGAUUUCAUUUGGUUGGCAAUUAAGUUUUUUGCUAAAUAAUAAAGAUAAAAAAAAGACACAAAAAAACUAGAUGGCUUCUUUAAGCUAUUUACCAAUAAUUGUAUUCUUUAUUUAUGUUUGUGAAUGCACUAAUAUUAACACAUCUUGAUAAAAGUCUUCUUUUUAAAAACUAAAUACAGUAGAAGUCCAUUAGUCCGGCAUCCAACAGUCCGGAAUGCCCGAUAGUCCGGCAUCGCUCCGGAAAAUUGUAAAAAUUUUGGUUUUCUCCAAAAGUGUGUCUCUAAAGCAAAUAAAAACGCUCGAGAGCUAUUUGGAAGUUUUCGGGGUAGUUCGGAAUCAUCCGGAAGCGCUCGGUAUUGUUCGGAAACAAUUAGCGGCCAGCUAGUCUCAGCUGUCACAACAAAUACAGGUGCAGUGCAGCACAGUUAAUCAAUCACGAAGCGUCUUCGCCAUUUUUUUGUGCGUUGUUGUUUUGUGUCCUUUCACAUCGCAGUAAACUGUGUCUCAGUACCCUCUACUGUAAUACAGUACAUCUGUAGUGACGUACGGAACUUUUGAAACUGUUUAUAAACAAAAUGAGUUUCGUUCUAACUGUACAGUGACCAUGUUUUGAAAACCUAAGCCUUCGAGUUCAAAAGGAGAGAAACGAAAACACGUAACACUGACUCUCAAUCAGAAACUAGAAAUCAUCAAACGGCUAGAAAAAAGGUGAGAAUAGAAAUGUUUUAAUGAAUGAGUUUAAUAUUGGCUCAUCAACUAUUUAUGACAUUAAAAAACAAAAAGAUGAACUAAUGAAGUUUGCUUCUCAAUUGGUAACAACUGAAAAAUUUGCUUCUAGACAAACAUUAAAAAAACCAAAACUGGAACAGCUAGAUAGUGUAUUGUUCAAGUGGUUUAGUGCAGUACGCUCUGAAGGAAAGCCGGUAACAGGGCCAAUGAUUGUUGAAAAGGCAAAGAAAUUCGGCCAAGAUUUAGGAGUUGCUGAAAAUGAAUGUAAUUAUUCUGACAAUCCCUUGAAAAACCUGCCUGAAGAUGAGGUAGAGGAGUGGCUUCUAAUCGACGAGAUUGAGUCUGUUGAACAAGAACUAACCGAUGAGGACAUUAUCAACAGUGUAGUAAACCCUCAGCCUACUCAAAAUCUUGAAGAAAGUGACUCAGAUGCCGAAACGGAAGAAAAGGAAAAAAUCAGCUGGGCAGAAGCUGCAGAAUCACUAAAUAAGUUGAUCUCUUUUGCUGAGGCUAGCACUAGCUACAGUGCUUCAAAAAUUAUUGAUUUCCAUAUCAUUAGAAAUAAAUUUUAUACUAAACGCCAAAAGUCAAGAAAACAAAAAGACAUUAGCGACUUUUUUAAAUCUAAGUGAAAUAUGUUUUACAGUACGUGUACAUACAUUAUAUGAAAUGUAAAAUAAACUUUGUUGUAUUUGCAUACGGUAUUUGUAGUUUAAUUAUUAACCUAAUUGUUCUUAUAAUUACGAUGUAUGUAUGUAUGUAGUUAAAAAAACAAAGUACAUUUGUUUUACGGUAAAGCCUACACUAAAAAGAAGGGGCACCGCCCAAUAGACCGGAAUUUUCGGUAGUCCGGCACCGAGCCGGUCCCGAAGGUGCCGGAUUAUCGGACUUCUUCUGUAUUGUUUCAAUCAAUAUAUUGUUUAAUUGUCAGAAGGCUUAAUAAAUUCAGAAUAGCUCCUAAACCUAAAUAAAAAUAAUUUGUUAUGUCUGUAUGCUAAUUUUUGUUUUUUACAGUUUUUGCCUAGAAAACACAAAUGUGUAAAGGACAAGUUCAGUGCUAUGCCAUAGUAUAAUCUGUUCCUAAUUAAAGAUUCAUUCCAUUUUCUUAGGUGCGACUGGUUAGUGAGGCUCAGCCGGACACUCCCAUUCACACAGUCUCUCUCGGCAAAUCCACAUUUUUCUUUUUGCCCACAUUGCAGAUGGAUAAUAAGGUGAAAUUUUAGAAAAAGAUGUUAUGUUUAUUCAAUUACUAUUCAUCACUUAUGAACUUUUUACAAGCAAUAAAAACCAGUCAAAGAUCCAGCUUUUUCUUUCUCAAAUUAUGAAUUAGAACAACUUCUCAAUAGAAAUGAAAUAGUCAUACAAUCUUCACAGUAAUCUUUAUAGUUAAUGUUGUCAAUGGUAUUUUGCAAGCUCAAAUAUAUUUAACUGCGGUUGUCAAAUAACUGUAAUGGCAUAGAUCUAUUAAUGCCAAAUGCCAACCAUAAUUACUAAAUCCCUUUCACUAAACAAAAGAAAGUAGCUCCCAAUUAGUAGAUAGAAGUUAAUUUUAUUAAUUUGUUGAAAGUUCUUGAAAACACAUGCAUCCAGAAAUGGAUAAAUUUUGAGAAAAUUUUAAUAUUUAAGGCCAAGAAAAUAAAAAACAGAUGUAAAAAAAUAAUUGAAAAAGGAUUAUGUCAUAUUGUGCAGUACUAAACAUAUGAUAACUAAAUUAUGAACAAAAUGAAAAUGUGGAUGAAUAAGUGACAAAACUAUAAGUUUUAAGAAAACAAGAUCAGUUAGUAUUUUUCUACCAAGAGGUUAUAUCUGGAAGCUACAGUGAAGCAUGAUUUUAAGGCCACAGCAAAAAAAUAAAUAAAUGAAAGGUGUAUCUCGGGAAGCAUUUGUCUAACCGGCUGAAAUGAGUAAACUAAUACGUUAGGAAAGAAUACUUUGAUGAAAAUGUGAACAGAUGGUUUCAUUUAUCUCUCCUCAAAUUUCAAACUAAAAAUAUCUGAAAAUAUUUAAUAAAUUUUGUAAAUAUGUGAUCAAAUCUGUGUCUAUCCUCUGUAUUCUGUCUAAUGUGUGUAUUCUGUCUAACCUGUGUUUUCCUCAGAACUACCUGCUGUCCCUAGAGAGUAGCCUCUCCAGAUCUGAGUAUGAUUACAAGCUGUCCUCCGUUGAGUUUGCUGCCAAUAAAUCACACAAACAUUUCACGUUUGAAUUCAAUCCCAAGGUAAGUACCAGUGGGUGGUGCGCUGUGUCUUUGAUGUUAAGUUAAAUUUAGUCUUUACAACUUGUUCACUCCAUCACCUGAUUUUCUAAUCCUGCUUCUAUGUUUUGAACUGAUGAGAGUUUUAAACAAAAUUAAAACUUAAAUUGUUCCACAUUAGCUCAUAAAAUGUUGCUUCCCUGUCCUGCCAGGUACUGAAUGGAAGUUUCUGCCCACAUUGAGUUGGUCUUUGUUGUAAAAUGUACCAACACCAUCGUAGGUGUUCAUAGACAUGAUUUUUGUGUUUUAAAAAAUAAUAAAUGUUCUUAUUGACCUUUGACAGCCCAGAACAGUGGACCAAGAUCUUAACCAAGGAUCUUUCUUAGUACUUCCAAUCAUUGGUAUAAUCAUAGCCUUGGCCUACAAUCACAAAACUGUAAGUGGUUGUUCUUAAUACAUUUCAUUAUAAUGGCUUCACGAGUCGUUGUCACAUGCCACUCAUUUAGUCCUUUAAAUGAAGCUAUAUACGUUGAUUACAAACUUAGUUUUCCUUUAAAAUUGUCAAACAUCAAAUUUGUUCCAGUUCAAAAUUUCAGUAAAAUCAUACAAUUUUUAUCUAUUACAAAACAAAAUGCGAAAAGGAACAUGUAAAAGGUCAUCAAAACUAAUUGAAAUAUUAUUCUUUUAUCAAUAACUGAAUCUUAUUUUAUUCUUAUCUUUUUUCUUGUUGUUUUGAAGAUAUUUAAAGAUGGUUAUUAAAAUGCACCAGAGAAACUAUGAAGAUGUGAAGUGAUAUUAAAUAUUUUUAUUUAUUCCUUUUUGUCAACUUAUCAUAUAAACUGAAUUACUCCCCUUUUAUUUUAGGUGAUCCCUUAUGCAGCCAAUGUCUACCAACAGCUGCAGAGUGCAGCCAUGAAAGCCCCAGCCUCAAACACUUCACCAGGCUCAUCAUCUUCCUCGUCAGCAGCAGCUGCGUCAUCAGAUGCUCCGAUACUGUCUGAGUUCCUGAGCUCCGAGUCACCAGUUAAGAGAAAAGCAAAGCCAAGAAAAGCACAAUAGAUCCAGUGGAUUGUGUGCUGGUGAAUGAUCUUUUGAAGCACCAGUGGAUUGUGUGCUGGUGAAUGAUCUUUUGUAGCACCAGGGGAUUGUGUGCUGGUGAAUGAUCUUGGUACAAUUGUUGAAAGCGGGUGUUGUGUGUCACUGUGCAAGUGAUGGAGUGUUUUUUUUCUUCCCAUGAUGAUUUUUUUUUUUUUUUUUACUUGUGAAAUUAAGUUUGGAUGUUAGCAUAGAAAGGUUUUGUAGAUCCAAGGGUGCACCUGCAAAAGGAAUGAGUUGUCUAGUGGCAGAAAUUUUUGAAGUUGCUUUUUUUUUUUUUU